UCGUCCAGCCGGAGAGUGUAGACCGUCUGCAGUAUCAGCCGAACAGAGAGAUGUCGCGCCUUUUGCUGCUCCUCCUAGGGUCCUAUCUGCUCGUGUUCUGCGCGCAACACGUCGCCGCCGAAGACGACUCCAACCCGGACGAUGACGAUGACUCCGAUGACGGAAGGCCGUGUCCAGAAUGGCAGCCCGAAGGUCCUGAGGGAGGGGAGGAGCCUGUUGACAUCAACAGUGUCGACUUUACCACGGAAGAAAGCGACGACGCACCUCCUAGCCAGGCUGAUGGUGCCGCUUCGAGACACAGGGCCCUUGCAAGGACAGCCGCUCAUGCCAAAGCCGCCAAAGCCAGGACAGCAGGCAAAGCCAGGACUGCCGCAAAAGCCAGGACUGCCGCCAAAGCCAGGACAGUUGCCAAGAAAGCCGGCAGAACAGUGGUGAAAGCUGCCGGGGCCCACCACCAGUGAUCUACAGUAUGUCGCUUCUGUAAACAACCAGUGAACGCAGUCCAUCACUGCGAUGAAACUAAUAAAUUAUGUAUCACAAUUGUAAGAAGUGAUUAAAGGACGAUUGUUGCAUUUUGUA